GUUAGGAAGGACUGUGUGGGCCUGUUCCUGUCUCUGUGCUGGCUUCCUGGCAGAGGACGUGCGAUGGGGGCACUAUCUCCCACGGCCUCUUUGGACCCAGUGACACACCCAGGGUUCCUGGAGGUGGGAGGCUGUGUUGUUGUUGUUGUUUUGGCGACAUUGGUGGAGUUAAAACUGGGAAAAAGGACACUUGAGUCCGGUGAGGAGAUGCGAAAGUUUGGGUUUUGUGAGCUUUCCCAAGAAUCUGUGGGGGAAGUGGUUGCAGUGGGCUCUUUAAGAACAUUAGCUGGAUCUUGAGGUUCUUUUCAUGUCGUCACUAGCGUGGAAGGUCAGGAGUCCUUAAAAAGCCUGGCCGAUUGGUAUGAUGUCAUGGUCAGGGUAAAUGAUGUCAUUGCAGAAAAGACUGUUACCUCUGUGCUACCGGAACUGUAUGUGUAGGGAGUGAGCAGGGGAGGAGCCUUUAAAAGGGAUAUAUUAGCAAUGUCAGAGCCCAGGUGAGCUGUGUGGGGUGGAGUGGAGUCUGGGGUCCUUGGGAACAGGAGCUGGUACCGUGAGAUCAGAGGCAGCUUGUCUCUUUAAGGAGCUGCGGUGGGCAGUGAGAGCCUAGUGAUGUCAUAGGCGGGAGAGUCCUGGAUUGGCUGACUGCUUAUUCUGCCUUUCCUGGGAAGGGAGGAAGAGGGGAGCAAGAAGGGUACUCUGGUUGCCAUGGCAACACCAGCCUCCUUUGCUUCAUCUGUCUCCCGCUUGACCAUUCCAGAUGCAGUGAGUGAGGGGGGGGCCAUGGCAGAGGAGCGGCCCCCCCGGCUGGUGGAUUACUUCGUGGUAGCUGGGCUCGCAGGGAACGGAGCACCCAUCCCGGAGGAAGCACGGGUUCCUGAACCCAGCGGUCCCCUGCGCCCUCCUCGGCCUGCUGAGCCCAUCACAGAUGUGGCAGUCAUCGCUAGGGCCCUGGGCGAGGAGGUGCCCCAGGGCUACACCUGCAUCCAGGCUUCUGCUGGAGGCCACCCCUUGGAACUCAGUGCCGGGCUCCUGGGUGGAACUCAGCCCGUCAUCUGCUACCGCAGGGGCCGUGACAAGCCCCCCCUCGUUGAGCUGGGGGUGUUGUAUGAGGGGAAGGAACGGCCCAAGCCUGGCUUCCAAGUGCUGGACACAACACCCUACAGCCACUCAGCCAACCUGGCCCCUCCAGGCCCUGGGCAUCCCCGCACCUACCUCACUUACCGGCGGGCAGCAGAGGGGGCAGGGCUGCACGCCCUGGGCAUCACUGACCUCUGUCUGGUGCUGCCCAGCAAGGGUGAGGGCACUCCCCACACGUACUGCCGGCUGCCGCGCAACCUCAACCCUGGCAUGUGGGGCCCAGCGGUGUACCUGUGCUACAAGGUGGGCCUAGCCAAGGGUAACACGUUGGUGUACAAGGCAGAGCUGCUGGGCCGCUACCCGGAGGAGGACAACGAGGCGUUCCCGCUGCCCGAGUCCGUGCCCGUCUUCUGCCUGCCCAUGGGCGCCACUAUCGAGUGCUGGCCUGCCCAGACCAAGUACCCUGUGCCCGUCUUCUCCACCUUCGUGCUCACGGGUGCCGCUGGUGAUAAGGUGUAUGGUGCCGCCCUGCAGUUCUAUGAGGCGUUCCCAAGGGCCAGGCUGUCAGAGCGGCAGGCACGGGCGCUGGGCCUGCUGAGUGCCGUGGAGCGGGGCCGGGCGCUGGGCGGCCGAGCUGUACGCAGCCGGCGAGCCAUCGCCGUGCUGUCCCGCUGGCCUGCCUUCCCUGCCUUUCGCGCCUUCCUCACCUUCCUCUACCGCUACUCCGUCUCAGGCCCCCACCGCCUGCCCUUGGAAGCGCACAUCUCCCACUUCAUUCACAACGUCCCCUUCCCCUCCCCACAGAGACCCCGCAUCCUAGUGCAGAUGUCUCCCUACGACAACCUGCUCCUCUGUCAGCCUGUGUCUUCACCCCUGCCUCUCAGUGGUGCCAGCUUCCUGCAGCUGCUGCAGAGCCUGGGCCCUGAGCUGGCUGUCACGCUGCUGCUGGCCGUGCUCACGGAGCACAAACUGCUGGUGCACUCACUGCGGCCUGACCUGCUCACCAGUGUCUGUGAGGCCCUUGUCUCGAUGAUCUUUCCGCUGCACUGGCAGUGCCCCUACAUUCCGCUGUGCCCGCUGGUGCUGGCAGACGUGCUGAGCGCCCCUGUGCCCUUCAUCGUGGGCAUCCACUCCAGCUACUUUGAUCUGCACGACCCCCCGGCCGACGUCAUCUGUGUCGACCUUGACACCAACACGCUCUUCCAGACCGAGGAAAAGAAGCCCCUCUCUCCUCGGACCCUGCCUCGCAGACCCUACAAGGUUCUGCUGGCCACUCUGACUAACCUGUACCAGCAGCUGGACCAGACAUACACUGGACCCGAGCAGGAGGCCUCCCUGGAAUUCCUGCUGACUGACUACGAGGCAGUGUGCGGCCGCCGGGCCCGGCUGGAGCGAGAGGUCCAGGGCGCCUUCCUCCGCUUCAUGGCCUGCCUGCUCAAGGGCUACCGGGAAUUCCUACGCCCACUCACCCACGCCCCCUCGGAGGGUGCUCGCGAUGUGGACAACCUUUUCCACCUUCAGGGCUUCCUGAAGUCCCGCGAGCGCUCCAGCCACAAGCUGUACUCCCAGCUGCUGCACACACAGAUGUUCUCCCAGUUCAUUGAGGAGUGCUCUUUCGGCUCUGCUCGGCAUGCUGCCCUGGAAUUCUUUGACUCCUGCGUUGACAAGGUCCACGCCGAGCAGGAAAGGCCUGAGCCCACUCCGUUGGUGGAGCUGGAAGAGUUGUCGGGAAGUGAGCUCACUGUCUUCAUCACACCUCCCGAGGAGCCCCCGGUCCCAGACAGCAGCGAACCCACUCCCCAGUUCUGUUACGAUGGGUUCCCAGAACUACGGGCUGAGCUGUUUGAAUCUCCCCAAGAGCAACCUGGGGCACUGCCUGUGCCGGGCACCUCCCGUAGUGCCCCCAGCAGUCCUGCCCCUCGCCGUACCAAACAGGAGAUGAAGGUUGCACAGCGGAUGGCACAGAAGUCAGCGACCGUGCCUGAGCUGUGGGCCCGGUGCCUGCUGGGGCACUGCUAUGGGCUGUGGUUCCUGUGCCUGCCUGCCUACGUACGGUCAGCACCCUCCCGGGUACGGGCACUGCACACGGCCUACCAAGUGCUACGCCAGAUGGAGAGCCGCAAAGUGGUGCUCCCCGACGAGGUGUGUUACCGGGUGCUGAUGCAGCUCUGCUCACACUAUGGGCAGCCUGUGCUGUCUGUGCGGGUCAUGCUGGAGAUGCGGCGGGCGGGCAUCGUGCCCAACACCAUCACCUAUGGCUACUACAACAAGGCUGUGCUGGAAAGCAAGUGGCCGUCGGGCACACCGGGUGGGCGCCUGCGCUGGGCCAAGCUCCGGAAUGUUGUCCUGGGAGCUGCUCAGUUCCGCCAACCCCUGAGAGAGCGGCGGCGGCAGCAGCAGCAGCAGCAGCAGCAGCAGCAGCCAGCGGCAGCACAGCAAGAGGCAGGCAGCUCCCAGACAGAGCCCUGUCUGGAGCGCCCCUCCCCUACCCGCCCACUUCAGCGCCAGACUACCUGGGCUGGGCGAAGUCUGAGGGACCCAGCCUCCCCUGCGGGGCGCCUGGUGAAGAGCGGGAGCCUGGGCAGUGCCCGAGGCGCACAGCCCACUGUGGAGGCCGGUGUGGCCCACAUGAUAGAGGCCUUGGGGGUGCUGGAACCCCGCGGCUCACCUGUGCCCUGGCAUGAUGGAAGUCUCUCAGACCUGAGCCUUACCGGGGAGGAGCUGGCGCCUGGGGGCAGCCCAGGGGGCUCAGGCCCGGCCCUGAGUGCCCAGUCCACUGAGGCCCUGGAAGGGCUAAGUGGCCGCGGGCCCAAGGCUGGUGGGCAUCAGGAGGAGGCGGGCACCCCCCGACGAGGGCUGGGUGCCCGCCUUCAGCAGCUGCUUACCCCCUCCCGCCGCUCCCCUGCCUCCCGCAUUCCCCCACCCGAGCUGCCCGCUGACCUGCCACCCCCAGCCCGCCGCAGCCCCAUGGACAGCCUCCUGCACCCCCGGGAGCGCCCUGGAUCCACUGCGUCCGAGAGCUCGGCCUCUCUGGGCAGUGAGUGGGACCUCUCAGAAUCUUCUCUCAGCAGCCUGAGCCUCCGCCGUUCUUCAGAGCGCCUCAGCGACACCCCUGGGUCCUCCCAGCCACCUUCCCUGGAAAUUCUGCUGUCCAGCUGCUCCCUGUGCCGCGCCUGCGAUUCGCUGGUGUACGAUGAGGAGAUCAUGGCCGGCUGGGCACCGGACGACUCUAACCUCAACACAACCUGCCCCUUCUGCGCCUGUCCCUUCGUGCCCCUGCUCAGCGUCCAGACCCUUGAUUCCCGACCCAGUGCCCCCAGCCCCAAGCCGACCCCUGCUGGUGCCAGUGGCAGCAAAGAUGCUCCCGUCCCUGGGGGUCCUGGCCCUGUGCUCAGUGACCGCAGGCUCUGCCUCGCCCUGGACGAGCCCCAGCUCUGCAACGGGCACAUGGGGGGUACCUCCCGGCGAGUGGAGAGUGGCGCAUGGGCAUACCUGAGCCCCCUGGUGCUGCGUAAGGAGCUGGAGUCGCUGGUAGAGAAUGAGGGCAGUGAGGUGCUGGCGUUGCCUGAGCUGCCUGCUGCCCACCCUAUCAUCUUCUGGAACCUUCUGUGGUAUUUCCAACGGCUGGGCCUGCCUAGUAUUCUGCCGGGCCUGGUGCUGGCCUCCUGUGAUGGGCCCCCGCCCCCUCAGGUCCCACCUCCUUGGCUAACCCCUGAUCCAGCCUCUGUCCAGGUGCGGCUGCUGUGGGAUAUCCUGACCCCUGAUCCCAAUAGCUGUCCACCUCUCUAUGUGCUCUGGAGGGUUCACAGCCAGAUCCCCCAGAGGGUUAUGUGGCCAGGCCCAGUACCCGCCUCCCUUAGUUUGGCGUUGUUGGAGUCGGUGCUGCGCCACGUUGGACUCAAUGAGGUGCAUAAGGCUGUGGGGCUCCUGCUGGAAACUCUGGGGCCCCCUCCCACUGGCCUGCACCUGCAGAGGGGCGUCUACCGUGAGAUCUUAUUCCUGACAAUGGCUGCUCUGGGCAAGGACCACGUGGACAUAGGGGCCUUCGACAAGAAGUACAAGUCCGCCUUUAACAAGCUGGCCAGCAGCAUGGGCAAGGAGGAGCUGAGGCAGCGGCGGGCACAGAUGCCUUCGCCCAAGGCCAUUGACUGCCGGAAAUGUUUUGGAGCACCCCUGGAAUGCUAGGGUCCCUGAAGCUGCCCCCUCCAGCCCCAGGCAGGGUGGUGAGAGAGGAAGGACUCUAGAGCUAAGCUGCUUCCCCGCUCCCUUCACAGAGGAGUUGGGACCAGGCCACGGAGCCUGUUCGGCCAUAGGCUCCGAGAGGAGGCAGCAGCAGAGAGAGGGACCCACUGUUAGCAAAAGGCACAGUUCCUCCAUCUCCAGCCUGCCCAGUUUGUUCAUGCUCAUGUUGCGGGAGGCCUGGGGGAGCUGGCACAGCUCUGUUCCUCCCCUGUCCUCCACCAGGCACUCCCUCCCAGGGCACACACAGAUCUGCACUGCCCUGGUCAUCAUAGAAGUUUUUGUUUUAAAAAACAACUGGAAAGAUACAGAGCUCCCGAGCCUUUGCCCUGAAUGGGAGGGGGGAGGGGGUCUCAUUCCCCACCGAUGGUGGGCCCUCUCCCCUGGCGUGGUCGAAGGAGCCCAAGGCUCUCCGUGCUUUUCUACCUUAGUGUUUGUAUUUUAUUUUAAGUUAUUUAUUCAGGAGCCACAGCCCCCUGCUUAAUGAGGUUCUUAUGGAGAGCGGGGGAGAGAAGAGAAAUGGGGCACCGUGGUCCAGAGGUUUGUAGCUCCUUAACAGGCAGCGGGAGAGCCCCUUACAAAGUACUGGUACCCUCUCCAGUCCUAAGCCUCCGUGUCCGCUCCACCUUGGGAAAUGCCUCCCCGACCUGGGGCCCUGGCCUGUGCAAUAAGGCUCGUUCCCCGCAAAGUUUGGAUGUAAAUAUAGUAAAAGCUGCUUCUGUCUUUUUCCUUCUGCCUCCUGUUCCCUGAGUCUGGGGUAGGGGUGGGUACACCUGUUGUUUCCCCCUGGCUGUGCAUCCUCCCUUCCAUCCCUGCACCCUUUGCAGCCAUCAGGUGGUCCCUGCUUUCCUGGCCGCGUCUGGUCCUGGCCUCUUAGGGAGUUCUUGGAGCACCAGGGGGUGAAGCUGGUGCUGCCUAUGGCAGUGCCAGUCAGUGUGGCACUUCCGGCCCUCCCACACAAUCACCCCCUUGUCCCUCGUCUGUACCCCACACAAAGGCUCCUUUCUCUUGGGACCCUGAGCUCAUCUUUGCCUUAUUUCCUCCCCCCAAUCCUAACUCCCCCCACCAACUUCUCCAGGACCUUCACGGGAUGACGACCCUCUCCUUGGGAGUGGCUGGUGGGCAGCGCUCAUGUGUCCUGGGGGGCUUGGCAGUCACCCUAGGCCGCCCUGGUUCUGGAUACAGGCAGUGCUCCUCCAACCAGGGGCUCAGUGAGGGGUUGAAAGGGGCUGGAAUGAGGUGCUGGCUGCACAUGGACGUCAGGGAGAUGGGCAUCCUUUUUCUCAUCCCUCGGCCACCCUGGAGUUCUCCCCUCCCCCCUUUUUCCCCCUGUAUAACGAAAUA